GCUAGGGUUACCCUUUUUAACUUUUUGUCCCUAUUCUCUCACUCUAUUUUCUAAAACCAACACCAACCCCAUCUCUCUCUCCCUCUCCAAAGUCCAAACAAUGUCUGUCUAUCAUCCACCACCCAAAACCCUGAAAAAAACCUUAAACAAAACCUACAUUAUCACCACCACAAUCCCACACAUUUCCCAUUCCCUUCCUUAAAAAUCUAAACUUUCUCACUCCCCCAUCUCACAUUCCCUUCGAAAAUCCAAUCUUUUCCUUCCAAAAUUCCAAACUUUCUGAAAAUGGAGACCAAAUGUCUCCUCCCUUUUCACCUCUUUCUGUUACUACUCUCUCUACCUCUUUCAAAACCAGAUCUCUCUGCCGACCAUUCAGCCCUACUCACUCUCCGUUCCGCUGUACUUGGCCGAACCCUUCUCUGGAACACCUCACUUCCGACCCCUUGUUCGUGGACUGGUGUCUUAUGUGAGCAAAACCGUGUCACAGUGCUACGGCUUCCUGGUUUUGCACUCACAGGAGAAAUCCCACUUGGGAUCUUCUCAAACUUGACAGAAUUGCGCACUUUGAGUCUUAGACUUAAUGCACUCUCUGGAAAGCUUCCUCAAGAUCUUGCUAACUGUAAAAGUUUGAGAAAUCUUUAUUUACAAGGGAAUCUUUUUUCUGGAGAGAUACCUGAUUUCUUGUUUGGUUUGAAGGAUCUUGUGAGGUUGAACCUUGGUGAGAAUAGUUUUACUGGCGAGAUUUCAACCGGGUUUGGUAAUUUUAUCAGGUUAAGGACUUUGUUUUUAGAGGACAAUUCGUUAUCUGGAUCUUUGCCAGAUUUGAAACUGGAAAAGUUAGAGCAGUUUAAUGUGAGUAAUAAUUUGCUAAAUGGGUCUAUACCUGAUAGAUUUAAGGGUUUUGGGAUUAGUUCUUUUGGGGGUACUUCUUUAUGUGGGAAGCCUCUUCCUGGUUGUGAUGGUGUUCCUAGGAGUAUUGUGGUGCCUAGUAGGCCAAAUGGGGGUGGAGAAGGUAAGAGGAAGAAGUUGUCUGGCGGUGCAAUUGCAGGGAUUGUGAUUGGAUCUAUAAUGGGGUUAUUGUUGAUUUUAAUGAUUUUGAUGUUUUUGUGUAGAAAGAAGAGUAGUAGUAAGUCAAGAUCAAUUGACAUUGCGUCGGUUAAGCAACAAGAGAUGGAGAUUCAAGUGGGGAAGCCAAUUGUGGAGGUGGAAAAUGGUGGUGGGUAUUCUGUGGCUGCCGCUGCGGCGGCUGCAAUGGUGGGUAAUGGUAAAGGUGGGGAUUUGAAUAGUGGUGAUGGUAAAAAGUUGGUGUUUUUCGGCAAGGCUUCAAGGGUGUUUGAUUUGGAGGAUUUAUUAAGAGCUUCGGCAGAGGUUUUGGGAAAAGGUACAUUUGGGACAGCCUAUAAGGCGGUUUUGGAGAUGGGGACUGUGGUAGCUGUAAAGAGGUUGAAGGAUGUGACAAUUUCCGAGAGAGAAUUUAGGGAGAAGAUUGAGACUGUGGGUGCUAUGGAUCAUGAGAAUUUGGUCCCAUUGAGAGCUUACUAUUAUAGUGGAGAUGAGAAGCUUCUUGUUUAUGAUUACAUGUCAAUGGGAAGCUUGUCUGCACUUUUGCAUGGGAACAGGGGAGCUGGUAGGACUCCAUUGAACUGGGAAAUCAGGUCUGGCAUUGCCCUUGGAGCUGCUCGUGGCAUUGAAUACCUUCACUCUCAAGGUCCCAAUGUUUCUCAUGGAAACAUCAAGUCAUCCAAUAUCCUUCUCACUCAAUCAUAUGAUGCCCGAGUAUCUGAUUUUGGCCUUGCCCGCCUUGUUGGUCCUCCCUCCACUCCUAACCGAGUUGCUGGAUACCGAGCACCAGAGGUAACUGACCCUGGCAAGGUUUCCCAGAAGGCUGAUGUCUAUAGCUUUGGUGUAUUGCUGUUGGAGCUGCUGACUGGGAAGGCCCCCACCCAUGCCCUUUUGAACGAGGAGGGUGUAGACCUUCCCAGAUGGGUUCAGUCUAUAGUUCGAGAGGAAUGGACUUCAGAGGUGUUCGAUCUUGAGCUCCUCAGAUACCAAAAUGUUGAGGAAGAGAUGGUUCAGCUCUUGCAGCUUGGAAUAGACUGUGCCGCCCAGUACCCCGACAAUCGUCCUUCAAUGUCUGAAGUAACAAGGAGGAUCGAUGAGCUAUGUCGGUCUAGUCUGCGGGAAGACUCACAGCCUGAACCACACAAUGAUGCAUCAGACGAUAUGUCCUCUUGAUUAGCUGGCCACAUCACUCCAUGUAUUGCAGAGGGAUUUUCGUUGCUUUGUUUGUGCCCAUAAUUUUAAUGUUUAUUCUGGUGUUUGAUGAUGUGUUUGAUCCGUUCUCAUCUUUCAUUAGGAGCCAACUGAUAUGUUUUUUUUUUUUGGUUUUUCUUUUGCCUCCUCAUCCCCACUGUACUAAUUUCCCCUUUUUGUUUCAUGAAAACUUAGGGGUGGAUGUCUGUUCUAUUUCUCCUAUUUGGGUGGAUGGUGGAGGUUGUAAUUAUUAUUCUUGCUUUUGCUUUUACUUUUUCUUUUGCUUUC